AUGUCUCCACCGAGGCAGACAGACAUGAAGGAACAGCUGCUGUUUGAGAAGAAUGAGUGCUUUCUCCAGCAGCGUGAUAGGACUGAAUGUGCAGUGAGUUCACUGAGGGAAACGAUUCAAAUGGACCAGUCCUUGGGCAGAUCAGAGGAGAAGGACAACGUGUUCUCUGAAAAUCCUCCAAAGGAUGCCCUUCCUGUGGGGAGCACGGAAACACAGGGCAUGGCAGAGCUGAGGACUGAGCCUGAGCAGCCUCCACAGAGGGGACUGGAUGAACAGGAAGUAGACCUCGCCCACGAGGACCCUCACACAUCCACGUCUUUGCAGCUUUCGGAGAACAUUCCAGAACUGAGCCGGGAGAACAUGUUCCGGCAGCUGAACUACUGGAACGCAAAGAUGAGCCUGCAAGUGAGAGAACUCGGAGCUGAGCACGUUGACUGGAUGGAGAAGAUGAACAAUAUCCUACAGAUAAUCAGCAUCACGGAGAGCUCUGUGAAGAGUUUAUUAAAGGAGGUGAUGUUCCUGGAGGGUCAGACUGAGAAGAUGGAGGACCAGGACUUUGACCCUGACCAGGGGGCUAACAUCGAGGCAAAAAUCACGGAAAUUAGAAAACAGUUGGAAGAAAUGGAUAAGAAAUUUGCCCAGGGAGACGCUUGCCAUGAAGCUCAUGACUUAAAAGAGAAACUCAUUGGAGGAAUAGAGAACUUCUGUAAGGACAUGACCCUGCUGAACAGUAGGCUGAGGAUGUACCACCAGCUCCAGGAGGAGAAAAUGGACUCGGAGAGCUCGGGAGAAACGACUGUAGAAGAAAGCGAGCCCCAGGUCCUAGAGGCUCUGCCUGCUGCCAUGGUGCGGUCCACUCCUCCGCCAGUCACUGCGUGGAAGCGGGCGCUGCAGAUUUUCAUCAUGUUCUACGCCCUCGCCUUCACUGGGAUUUUGUGUUACAUGCUGCUUUUUGACGCUACGUUCAUCUUCGAGAGAGUGCUCCCUGUGGUACUGGGGCGGCACACCUUGUGGGAGCUGCGGGAAGCCAUCUCACCCUUCUUGAACCUGGAGGUGGAGGACCUGUUACCCUCCUGAGAAGAGA